AUGAAGGAGGAGGGAAGACACAAGGGCAGGAACAAGAACAAGAACAAGUUUGCAGGAUUUGGUAAAAUCCGAGUUCCGGGACAUCUCAAUUAUCGAGAAAUUGUACGUCGAUUCGAACGCCAAAGCACAUUCCACGGCAUAUCACAUGCUGCUCUUGCACCUAACACUAAAUGGCGCAUCAUUUGGUAUGCCGCAUUCACGAUUUGCUUCUGCGCCCUUCUCAUUCAAAUCAUCCUACUGAUUCGAAGAUAUCGAACCUACUCUAAAUCCGUUGAUCUUGAUCUCAAAUUCGAAAAUGCUCCAUUUCCUUCCAUAACACUAUGCAAUUUAAAUCCAUACAAACUAUCUAUGAUUUCAAAAGAAGAACGAACAAGAACAACGAUGGAUGCAUUCUCACACGUACAAACGGAUAUGGAAUCAAAUGGUAUUGCUGCUACUAUGGAAUCUAAACGAAAAGGCAGAAAAUCAAGGAAUACUCUAUCAGAGAAAAUAAUUUCUAAUAGAAGAUAUCACCAAGCUUCUGCAUUAUGUCUCUGUGAAGUUAAUUCACUGACCGGUGAACGCAAGAAAGGAAGCUGUUUUGCAGCUUACAAAGGAAAUAUUUCAAUUCAGUUUCAUGAUAUUCUGGCAAGAUUUCAUCCCAGCAAAUGUAUCUGCCAACUGGAUUGGUUUUCCAAAACUUUUUGGCCUUGUUUUCCAUAUAAUACAUGGAAAGAGCGAUUAUGCAAAGAAUGUUCGGAAGACCUGGGACAUUGUCCUAUGAGAUUUUUUGAAGGAGAAACGAACAAAAUAGAGACAACACAUACCGGCAAAAAAAUAUGUCUUUGCCAUCGAGAAUACAAUCACUGUAUCGCAAAUAACGAAUACGGCUAUAUUUUAGAAAUUGAGCCAAAAACAGAUGUUUCUAGUAUGACUGUUCCCGAAUCUUUAAGAAGUGCACAACAUCUGCAAACUACCUCCACAACUACUACUACCCAAGCACCUGACCUCAAACAAGCAUUGGGAUUCGAGGGAUUAACUGACGAAAUAGCAAUCAAAGAGCAAGCCAAAGAGAAUCUGAUGUUUGCGGUUGGUGAACUGAACAAUACGGCGAAGAUCAGAAUGUCACAGCAAAAACAUGAACUGAUAUACAAAUGCUCUUUCAAUCAAAAGGACUGUGAUAUUGACAAUGACUUUAAAUUACAUUAUGAUCAAACGUAUGGUAACUGUUACACAUUCAACUGGAAUCGUACCAAGGAAGUAACAGCUUUUCGGGCCGGUGCUAAGUUUGGUUUACGUGUGCUUCUGUAUGCUGAUGUAUCGGAAUACUUACCCACAUCAGAAUCCGUGGGUUUUCGGAUAACUAUUCACGAUAAACGAGUAGUGCCAUUUCCUGACGCCUUCGGUUAUAGCGCACCGACAGGUUUCCUGUCAUCGUAUGGAGUUCGUAUGAAAAAAUUCAACCGAAUACCUGCUCCACAUGGCCAGUGCUUAAAUGAUCGUGAAUGGUACCUAAAUUCAAUAUACCCUGGCUUCAAAUAUUCAGCUGAGGCUUGCCAUCGAAGUUGCACUCAAAAAGAAAUUAUUCGUAUAUGUGGAUGCGCCGAUCCAGCGUAUCCUAUACCUGCCGCUACAAUCUCAUGCAAAGUUAGCGACCCCAUCGCUAGAGAGUGCACCAAAAAUGCUACAGUACUUCUAGGACGUCUAAUUGCGGAGGGAAAGUUGGCAAACUGCAUGUGUCACCAAUCUUGUUCGGAAGUAAAUUAUGAAGUUACAUAUUCGGCUGCACGAUGGCCUUCAGGAACUUCGAAAGUAAUGGAAUGUGAUGCUGUAGACGAUCUUUGCAUGGAAAGAUAUCGAAAAAAUGCAGCAAUGAUUCAGAUCUUCUACGAAGAGCUCAAUUAUGAAACGCUUACAGAAACACCUGCCUAUACUCUUACAAGUGCCUUAGCUGAUUUGGGUGGUCUAACAGGCCUUUGGAUUGGAGCAUCCGUAGUCAGCUUAAUGGAAAUCGUUGCACUAAUUGUAUAUACUGCCCAAGCGUAUGUGAGAAAACGAAAAAGCGCUUCCGCUAACCAAUUAUCGCGUCCCAAUGUAUAUCCAAGAUAUAUUAAACGAUCUCUUUCAUCAUCAAUUUCAACGAUGUCCUCCGGUCAGAUGAAAAUAUCAGUAAAUUCAAGAAUAUCUGAAGAAUCAGUGAUAAAAGAACCUGAACCGGCUGAAGUCACCGAUACAAUGACAGAUACAGAUUGCAAAUAUAUUCCACCAGGAACUGAAUUACCUUGUGAAUGUGUCUUCCAAAAAGAAAAAAUACGGUUGAUGAGUGCAUUAUGUCCGGAACAUGGUUAUCUGGUUCGAAGAAAAGUUGGUCGAGGUUUGUACUAUAAGGUACCAGGCUACAGUGAUAAUGGUGACGAUGAUGAAGACGAAAAUGAAAGUGAAAGCGACGAAGAACAUGACAUCAACGAUGAAGAAGAAACGGAAAUAGAAAAACGAGCUGCCGCAAGUUGGGAAUCUUAUGAUCAAAGAGAUGAUUCUGGAGAGAGUGAGAAAAAAGAACGAAAAAAUGAAACAUCGAGUAAAAUGAAGGACGACAUUUAUAUCAGAGAGAUAGGACAAAGUGAUGCAAAUUGUCGUGAAAACGAUCAAAUUAAUGAUGACAAACUACGAUCAUAUUAA